AUUUCUGCAGAAUAUGUUGCAGACAGGACAGAAGGCACAGUCACCUCUGAGGUGCAACAGACCCACAAUAUGAUUGACCUUCAUAUACAGGAACUGCAAAAGAUGGUUGAUGCAGUUGAGGAGGAUGUUGCCGGAUGUUCAAAUUCCACAGAAGCCUCAUCUGGUCGAACAUGGACAGUACGUCAGGCUUUAUCUGAUGAAAGAUGGCGGAAAGCAAGACCUCAGCUUCUUGAAGCCAUGCUUGAGGCAGGAAAGAUCCCGAAGGGUCUUUGUCAACUGUGCAAAGCUAAAGAUGCAGUCAUUUGUUGCACAGACUGCCUUCCACAACCCUUGUUGUGCCCCAAAUGUGACAUAACUGUACAUCGGAAGUACAGUUUGCAUAACAGAUGCCUAUUUGUAGGAGAUAGUUACAAAGCUCUUCCUCCUACUGAUAUUAUCACUGAAGAUGCUAGUGGUCAGCCAUCACCGUGUGAAGAAGUUCGUCUCCUGCCAUUUGCUUUGCCCAGAAUGAUUUGCAGCUGCAAUGCAGACAAUGUGUCAUUGAGUGGUGGGCAAAAAGUAAUCUUCAUCAACAUAAAUGGUCGUUAUGACCUCUCUGUUCCUCUGCUGACCUGUGAGAACUGCCACUGCCAGUGGACACCACAGAUCAAAGAUUUGAUCUCAAAUGGAUACUGGCCUGGAACAAUUGAAUUCCAAACAGUUUUUUCCAUCGAUCUUUUUGCCACAUAUGAAGAUCUCAAAAUCAGUGCACCUGGUCUGAGUAGACACGCUUUCAUUCGAAUGCUGGAAAGUCGCUCAGUUCGUGCUGGCAGGGCUUGGAUAACAUCUGGUGACAAUUUCCAAAGAAGUUUCUUGGAAUGGACAUAUUGCCGGCACGAAAUUGAUAAACUUCUUGGAGAUGACCAUUUCUCAUGUCCUGCCUGUGGUGAUGACAUGGUCGCAGUGUCUCUGGACGGCAACAGACAAAUGUAUCGCUUCAAUCGUCAGGGGGCGGUCGAAUGCCCAUACUUUGAAGGAACUUUCAUUGCCAAAGACACAGAUGUUGAAGGAUUUGUGCAAAGGAUUCGAGACAAAGUAAAACCUGCACCUGGACGCCCAUCCUGCGGUAAAUCCAACUUCAAAGCGGGCAGGGAGGCUACCAGAAAGUCAGAGGCCAGACUGGAUGAAGAGGGAAUGAUGACAUCUGUCUGCAGACACUGCAUUCUAUUUAGUGGCCUCAACAUGUUUCGUGGGGAAAUCUUUGCCUACCCUCUCUACCUACAGCAAGAUCUUGGAAAAGAACACAAGAUUGAGUUUGUUUGCACUGACGUCAUGUGUAAAUACUACCCAUAUAUACAGAGGGUAGUUGAGUCCUUUCCAGAACUGCAGUAUGUCCUGCAAAUGCGGCCAUUUCUGUCAGUGAUGCAUGCGAAAGGUCACUCGACAAAAUACGAGGUGGAGUGGAGUGGUCGCAACCAGGAAGGGGCAGGUAUGUUACAAUGA